GAAAUAUCGAGUCUUCACUUUUCUCGUCUGUAUAUAUACAAUACACAGCGAAGAAAAAUGCUCUCUUUACUGCUAAAGCAAAUCCAUGGAAGACCUAGACUUCUUUAAGAAUGUUUUACUCUCUGAUGAUGAUGAAAAUGAUUGGGGAUCAAAGUCUCAGGGGCCACAGUGGGAACUUUCACAGCUCUCACGCUGGCCUCAAAGCAAUAUUAAACCUGGAACAAGCAAUGAGGUAGUCCCAAACCAGACUAAUGCAAGCACAACUCAAGCAUCCCAUUCUCUAACCAUUUCCAACCCAUGUCUUUCGAAAAGAAACUUAUCGAGUUCAUUGGAAUCUGAAAGAGCUGUGAAAAAGAAUAAGGAUAAGGCAUAUCGGGAAAGAUGUAAGAAUCAGAAGGUGGAAAUGCAAUUUCAUUUGGAGAUGCUCACUGGAGAAAAUGAAUCUUUAAAGAAAGAGAAUGUAUCCUUAAAAGAGAACAAUGCUUUGAUGAAUAAAACUUUGAUAGAUCAAGCAAAAGAGAUUGAUCGCUUGAGGACUGAUUUUUUCCAGUUGAAGCACAAGAAUGAUAAGCAAAAUGUUCUCGUGCAAACACUUUCGGAACUUUUAGCUGAUCCAGUGCGGCUUGAAAAUGAGAAGCUAAAAGACGAAAAUGCUGCAUUGAGGAAGAAUGUCGAUCUUAACAGUCAUCUAACACAGCUUGUGGAGGAGAAUGCAGAACUAAGAACUGAAAAUAAGGUACUCAAGGUGCAGAAUGAUGCUUUAUGUGGGAAGAUUAUUAGUGACAACGAGAAGAAGCAAGAACAGAUAACCCUAAACUAAAAUACUAAUUCAAGAUAUUCACUUUUUUGUUCUUUCUCGAUCAACAAUAUGUGCUAUAUUUAUUUCUUAGCACAUCUCAUUUCUUUGCCACACUUUCUGCUCAUCUUGGGGCCAUAUGUUUGGCUUUCUUGUACUUGUUCUUGACCUGUCUUCUUCUUUCCAUAAUUUCGAGCUAGAUCUUCUAUCAAUAUUCUCCUUGAUCUCCUCUCUCUUGCUCUUUUUCAGCCAUAUAUGUCUUCUGAACAUCCCCCUUACCAUUCUCACUUGUCUGCAACUGUUGUCUUGUAUUCCUUUUAAUGUCAGCCAAUCUUCAAGAUUACAACGGUGAGUCUCAGUUGUGUUAAUAGUGUGGAGGUGGUUGGCUAGGAUUUUGUAAUUAAUAUGCCAUCUCUUGUUGUUUUAUGUAUUAUCAUGUUAUACGUAGGUACAUGGAUGGUCCAAGGGGAACAAAUAGGGGCG